CUACAUAUUACUUUUUUCUUUAAAGCUCUCUUUCACCUCGUUGACUGUUCCAAUGUUGAUGUGAAAAAUGCAAUGACCUUCAGUGGGCCUCUGGAAGACAUGUUUGGGUACACAGUCCAACAGUAUGAAAAUGAGGAAGGAAAAUGGGUACUUAUUGGUUCACCACUGGUUGGCCAACCUGAGAAAAGAACAGGAGAUGUAUACAAAUGCCCUGUAGGAAGGGACAGCCAAUCGCCCUGCAUAAAACUGAAUUUACCAGCUUCUACUUCAGUUCCUAAUGUCGUGGAAGUAAAGGAAAACAUGACUCUUGGAACAACCUUAGUGACUAACCCAAAAGGAGGCUUUCUGGCAUGUGGACCACUUUAUGCUUAUAAAUGUGGGCGUCUGCAUUACACAACUGGAGUUUGCUCUAAUGUCAGCUCCACUUUUGAAACCAUUGAGGCAAUUGCUCCAUCUGUGCAAGAGUGUAAAACCCAGUUGGACAUUGUCAUAGUCCUCGAUGGGUCCAACAGCAUUUAUCCAUGGGAGAGUGUCACAGCCUUCCUAAACAGCCUCCUGAAAAACAUGGAUAUAGGUCCUCAGCAAACACAGGUUGGAAUUGUUCAGUAUGGACAGACUGUAGUCCAUGAAUUUUUCCUGAACACAUACUCAACAACAGAAGAUGUGAUGGCUGCAGCCACAAGAAUACGCCAGCGUGGUGGCACGCAAACUAUGACGGCCCUGGGAAUAGAUACAGCAAGGAAAGAGGCUUUUACUGAGGCUCACGGUGCACGAAGAGGAGUACAAAAAGUAAUGGUUAUUGUGACUGAUGGGGAAUCACAUGACAACUACAGAUUACAAGAAGUGAUUGAUAAUUGUGAAGAUGAAAACAUUCAGAGAUUUGCUAUUGCUAUUCUUGGCAGCUACAGCAGAGGAAAUUUAAGUACUGAAAAAUUUGUGGAGGAAAUAAAAUCAAUUGCCAGUAGGCCUACUGAAAAGCAUUUCUUCAAUGUCUCAGAUGAAUUAGCUCUUGUAACUAUUGUUGAAGCACUUGGAGAGAGAAUAUUUGCCCUGGAAGCAACAACAGACCAGCAGGCCGCCUCAUUUGAAAUGGAAAUGUCUCAAGCUGGUUUCAGUGCUCAUUAUUCUCAGGAUUGGGUCAUGCUUGGAGCAGUUGGAGCUUAUGACUGGAAUGGCACAGUGGUCAUGGUGAAGGACAGUGGUAUUUCAAUACCAGCUAAUGACACUUUUCGUGACAGGCUUUCAGAAAAAAAUGAACCCCUUGCAGCCUAUCUAGGAUAUACUGUGAAUUCAGCACUCACACCUGGGGGCGUACUGUACAUAGCAGGACAGCCACGAUACAAUCACACUGGCCAAGUUAUCAUUUAUAAAAUGGAAGGAAGAGAGGUACAAGUACUUCAGAGGUUAAAAGGAGAACAAAUUGGGUCAUACUUUGGAGGUGUUAUUACCACAAUCGACAUCAAUAGGGACUCAUUUACAGACCUUCUUCUUGUUGGAGCUCCUAUGUAUAUGGGAACUGAGAAAGAAGAGCAAGGGAAAGUAUAUGUUUAUAGUCUGAACAAGACAAAGUUUGAAUACCAGAUGACUCUUGAACCUAUAAAGCAAACAUGCUGUUCACCAUUGAAGCAGGACACCUGCAAAGUUCUUAAAAAUGAGCCUUGUGGUGCACGCUUUGGGACUGCAAUUGCUGCAGUGAAGGAUCUCAACCUUGAUGGAUAUAAUGACAUUGUAAUAGGUUCUCCCUUAGAGGAUGAUCAUCGGGGAGCUGUUUAUAUUUAUCAUGGCCGUGGCAACACAAUCAGUAAAAAAUAUUCACAGCGUAUUGCAUCAGGUGGAGAUGGAGAAAAAGUGAAAUUUUUUGGCCAGUCUGUGCAUGGAGAAAUGGAUUUGAACGAUGACGGGCUGAUUGAUGUCACCAUUGGAGGCCUUGGUGGGGCUGCCCUCUUCUGGUCUCGUGAUGUGGCUGAAGUAAAUGUUUCCAUGCAAUUUGUACCCAAAAGCAUCAAUAUCCAACAACAAAAUUGUCAGAUAAAUAAAAGAAAAACGAUAUGCAUAAAUGCCACGAUUUGUUUUAAGACCAGACUAAAGUCAAAGGCAAAUACAUUUGAAUCCAGUCUGCAGUAUUGGGUUACUCUUGACGCACAGAGACAAAUAUCUCGAAGCUUGUUCACAGAAAGCCAUGAGAGGAAAAUGCAAAAAAAUAUAACUAUCAAAGGGUCAGACUGUAUUAAACAUAACUUCUACAUGUUGGAUAAGCCUGACUUUCAGGACUCUGUAAAAGUUUUGCUGGAGUUCAAUUUUUCUGAUCCGGAGAGUGGACCUGUUCUUGAUAGCAGCCUGCCAAAUUCAAUAUCAGAAUAUAUUCCUUUCACAAAAGAUUGUGGAGCCAAAAAUAAGUGCAUUUCAGAUCUUGUUCUGAAUGUAAAAACAAGCAUAGCUGGAGACAGCUCUUCUCCAUUCAUUGUAAAGUCACGCAAUGAUAAGUUCACCAUCCAGCUCUCUGUGAAGAACAAAAAAGACAGUGCCUAUAACACCAGAGUUUUGGUUCAGUAUUCUCCAAAUAUUAUUUUUGCUGGCAUUGAGGAUGUACAGAAAGAUAGUUGUGAAUCUAACCACAACAUUACCUGUAAAGUGGGAUAUCCAUUUCUAAAACCUGAAGAAGAGAUUUCCUUCAAAAUAUCGUUCCAAUUCAAUGCAUCUUAUCUCCUGGAAAAUGUUACUGUUCAUGUAUAUGCAACAAGUGACAGUGAAGAACCACCUGAGACCUUGAGUGACAACAGAGGACACGUUACAAUUCCAGUAAAAUAUGAAGUAGGAUUAAUAUUUGUAAGUGUUUUCAAAGAACACCAUGUUAUAAUUGCAGCAAACGAUACUGUACCUACUGCUAUUAACACAACAGAGCAGAUUGGGGAUGAAGUUACUCUGCAUUAUAGGAUUGAAAAAGGUGAACACUUUCCAAUGCCAAACCUCACACUGCAGAUCUUAUUUCCCAAUGCAACAGAAGCCAAGAACACUCUUCUCUACCUUACUGCAUUGUCACAUUCCCAAAAUGCCAUCUGCCAGACUAGUUACCCUGUAGAUCCCUUAAAGAUCAGCACUGGGAAACCAUUUGUGUUGCCAAAAAUAAAAGAACCUACAAAGGAUACAAUUAUGGACUGUGAUACAUACAGCUGUGCAUCCAUUAACUGUGCCCUGGUCCCAUCUGACAUAUCUCAAGUGAAUGUUUCACUAAGAGUAUGGAAACCUACCAUCAUAAAAGCAAGUAUUCACAGCUUAACCCUUGUUGUGAAAGCAUUACUUAGGAGUGAGAACUCAUCACUGAUUUUGAGAAAUGACCAUCAAAAACUGGAGACCAUGAUUAAGAUUUCCAAAGAACUCCCACCGGGUACAGUCCCCUUAUGGGUUAUCCUCCUGAGUAUCUUUGCUGGACUCUUGAUUCUUGCACUGCUUAUAUUUGCCUUAUGGAAGGCUGGAUUUUUCAAGAGACCACUGAAGAAGAAAAUGGAGAAAUGAAGAAGAAAAAAAAAAGCAGAAAUUUUUGCUCAGGUCUGCUUCAAAAAUGUUACUGUAAAAUUAUAAACUUAGAUACACAUACAGUGGUCACAAUGUUUUCUAAACUCUGGUGAAUUA